AAGUGUUCACGUGAUGCGGUUUGUUACAUCGCUCUGUGCUUGGACACAUCAGGAACUGCACCGUCCGCUUAAGCUGAUUAUUCUCGGGUUCUCCUGCUCAGAAAAUGCCUUCUGACAAGUCAUUCAAACAGAGAAGAAGCUUCGCUGAUCGAAUUAAAGAAGUUCAGCAGAUCAGAGACCAGCAUCCCAACAAAAUACCAGUGAUCAUCGAGAGAUACAAGGGGGAAAAACAGCUGCCAGUGCUGGACAAGACCAAAUUCUUAGUUCCAGACCAUGUCAACAUGAGUGAACUUGUCAAGAUUAUUCGGCGCAGGCUCCAGCUGAACCCAAAUCAAGCCUUCUUCUUGCUGGUGAACCAACGGAGCAUGGUCAGUGUCUCGACUUCGAUCUCGGAGAUCUAUGAGCAGGAGAAGGAUGAAGAUGGCUUCCUCUACAUGGUUUAUGCCUCUCAGGAAACCUUUGGCUGCUGAAAUCAGCAGCAGCAGUACCAUCACUACAUUGAGGAUCCCUGCACUUCGUUAACUGGUCAAGGCUAGAGAGAAGAGAGAAUUUCACUGUGUUUUUAAAAAGCAAAACAACAAAAAAAAAUCCAAACCACCGGGAUUUCUAUCCUGCAUUCUGUCACUCUCACACGUACUAUGAACGCAUGGUGUACCGGGGUCAUGUAAAACAUUGAACAAUAGCCUUCUCUCACUUGUAACUAUAUGAUUGGCAAUUGUUUAUUUGUUAGUUAUUGGUCUUUUAUCCCUUGUGUUUUUAUUUUCAUUUUGUAAUUAAAAAAAAAUGUGAUUAAUGCAUGGUCCACCUACCGAAGCAAUGAGGAAUUUCAAGGCCUUAGGAUGACUGGUACUGAAUGAUGAGAUGGCCUUGUAUGGAGAGGGUGAGAUAUAUAUUAUAAUCUAUAUAUAUAUAAAAUCUAUAUAUAUAUAUAUAAAAUGUACCAAUGACUUUAAAAGUGAUUUUAAGUGCAUAUCGAAUUUCGGUGCUACAAGUCAAUAAGUAGGGAGGGGAGAGGACUGGGGAUGGGGGGAUUUGGAGAAGUGGGAGGAGGAAAGCAAUCUAGAACUGUAUAAUGCUCUUUCCUGGUUUUCAUGAUCAGCUAUAGUAGGUAGAAUUUGCUUUUAAUGCACUUUAUAAACAGCACGGGUGUUUAGGAAAACCUUAGUACUGUCACAUUGUAGCCUAUUCAGAGGUAGAAUUUUAAUGUAGGUGGUCAGAUCCCGUUUUCUGUGACUCUCUUAUAAUUCUUUAUGUGUGUGUGUGGCUUUCUGAUUACGUUGGCUAUUAUUUUAGUUUUGGUCAUCAGUUCUGUGUAGUUAUGACACCUGUUUAAUGUUUGAUAAAAAGGGAAUGGCAUUCACGGAAA